UCCCAGCUCUGCUGGGCGGGCCAGGGGCGUCCAGCUCCGGGGCCUGGAGUCUAGCUCCGACUCCCGCCUCCGCCCCCGACCCCGACCCCGCCCCCGCCUCGGCCAUGGCGGGGCCCUACGGGCUGUCCGUGCGGGAUCUGAACGAGCUGCUGUCGGAGGGCGGCUGCUACAGCCUUCCGAGCGAGUCCUGCAACGAGGUGAUCCCCAGGAUCUACGUGGGCAACGCGACUGUGGCACAGGACAUCUCCAAGUUGCAGCAGCUGGGUAUCACGCACGUGCUGAAUGCUGCUGAGGGGAAGUCUUUCAUGCAUGUGAACACCACUGCCCAGUUCUACGAAGGUACCAACAUCACCUACCUUGGCAUCAAAGCCAAUGACACGGAAGAAUUCAACCUCAGUGUUUUCUUUGAGAAGGCUGCAGAGUUCAUCGACAAAGCCCUGGCCCAUAAGGAUGGCAAGGUGCUUGUCCAUUGCAGAGAAGGUUAUAGCCGCUCUCCCACUCUGGUCAUCGCAUACCUCAUGCUUCGCCAAAAUAUGGACGUCCGAUCCGCACUGAGCAUCGUGAGGCAGAACCGGGAGAUUGGCCCCAAUGAUGGCUUCCUGAGCCAGCUCUGCCAGCUGAAUGAGAGACUAAUUAAGGAAGGAAAAUUGUAACCCACUGAGAAUCCGUGAUUAGGUCUUCCAGGGGUCUUGGUCGGGGGAGUUAUUGAGCGAAUCCCAAGCAAGCCGCCCCACCAGGUUAGGUUAUCCUGCAAGCACCUUUCCAACUACUUUUAAGUCCCUUCCAGUGAAUCUUUCCAAAAGAGGUCCCCUGUCCCCUGUCAUCUGCAGGAGGCUUCAGGGAAGGGAGCUUCUUUAGAACAGUCAUUCCUGGUAAAUUGGGCAUCUCCUUACUCGGUGUGAAUUGUCAUGUUUUCCCUUUCCCCAGAGAUGGGAUGCUGACCUGAUAGCCCCUGCGACAUUUAUCUUCACCUCACCCUGGCGCAGAACCUCAUGCUGGGAGCUGUCCAAAUCCAGAUCCUUUUAUAAUCCAAGAUAAACAAACUUGGUAGAGUGCCUUUCUCCAGGGUCUUGCCCUCAGCAUUUCCAAGCCCUGGAUAAAUCAUUCCACCAAGGUCCUGGCCUCCUCUUACCCUUGGUGCCCUCCCCACCCCCACCCCCAGCUUGGUACACUCACAUAUCUGCCACACCCAUCUUUACUCUGUCAUCUGGGCAUCUUGGACUGGUUAGCAAAGCCAGGUUGUCCUGCCUACCCCCCCUUGGUUCAGAGGGAUUUUCUCACACACACAAAAAUGACUUAAUUUAAAGGCACUUAGAGGAAAAGAAACUGGAGGAGUAGAAAACAUUAAAAAGGAAGAGAAAAUUAAGGGGAUUUGUCCUCUUUUCCCUGUUCCCUAUAAUGUUUAUACUAAUCCUUGGAAAGCCUAAAUCCGGAAUUGGUUUCAUUGAAAUUUUUUGUCCCACAUAUGCACCUAGUUCAUUAGAAGAUUAAUGUUCCCCGGCAUGAUUUAUAUUAGAGCCCCAGCUUCAGCCUCAAUAAAAAUAUCUCACCAUUUGCAGGGUUUUGCCGUAGGUGACGAGGAUGAUGGGCAUCUGGAUGCUCUUUUUGGUUUGGUUUCUCUCCAGAGUUUAGAGGGAGGGCAUUAACCAAUUAUAGAAGAUGAGUGUGUGUGUCACCUUUAGGGAGCAUGGCAGCAGGGGGGAGACUGCUGAAGUCCAUUGUAACAAGGGGUUAUUCCCCUGCCUGCUCUAGGGGAGUUGGGGAGUUCUUCACACUUUAUAAUUUGAUCUUCAAGAUUACCAGAACCUUUCAAGCAGACACCAGAAAUAAAAUAUAUUGCAGUGUCUAAA